CCUGCACGACUCUUUGUAAAGGAUCAUGGUGCCACGACAGCACCGCUUUCCUUCCUAGGACUACUUGUCUACUUUCAGACAACGUUGCCACUACAACUCUACAACCGUGUCUCCAAAACUAAAAAUAAAUACUACUCCAUCACUCAACUCUAUCCAGAAAAUGGAGUGCAAAGAUAGCAGUAUCACUUCCCACUGUUGUAACAAAUUUCCCUCUGAUUUGGAGUACCAAUCAGGAUUCGGGAAUCACUUCUCAUCUGAAGCUAUAGUUGGAGCUCUACCUCAAGGUCAAAACAGUCCUCUUAUUUGCCCCUUUGGCCUUUAUGCUGAGCAGAUCUCUGGCACCUCUUUUACUUCCCCUCGCAAACUUAACCAACGCAGUUGGCUAUAUCGUAUUAAGCUAUCAGUUACACAUGAACCAUUUAGACCAAGACUACCAAGACAUGAAAAGCUUGUGAGUGAGUUCGACCAGUCAAACAGUUCUGCCACACCAACUCAACUAAGGUGGAAGCCGGUGGAGAUACCAGAAACACCAACAGAUUUCAUUGAUGGUUUGUACACGAUAUGCGGGGCUGGCAGCUCAUAUCUCCGGCAUGGUUUUGCAAUUCACAUGUACACUGCCAACAAAUCAAUGGAGAACUGUGCCUUCUGCAAUGCCGAUGGUGAUUUUCUGAUUGUUCCUCAACAAGGAAGGCUGUGGAUUACAACUGAAUGCGGAAGAUUGCAGGUUUCUCCUGGUGAAAUAGUGAUUUUGCCUCAAGGAUUUCGAUUUUCUGUUGACCUUCCAGAUGGACCUUCACGUGGUUACGUUGCUGAAAUUUUUGGAACUCAUCUUCAACUUCCUGAUCUGGGGCCAAUAGGUGCAAAUGGUCUGGCUGCUCCGAGGGAUUUUCUUGUUCCUGUUGCCUGGUAUGAAGAUGGCUCCCAGCCAGGUUACACUAUUGUGCAGAAGUAUGGUGGUGAACUCUUCACUGCGAAGCAAGACUUUUCUCCUUUUAAUGUGGUCGCUUGGCAUGGCAAUUAUGUUCCUUAUAAGUAUGAUUUAAGCAAGUUCUGCCCUUACAAUACUGUACUGAUUGACCACAGUGAUCCUUCAAUAAAUACAGUUUUGACAGCACCAACGGAUAAACCUGGUGUGGCAUUACUUGACUUUGUCAUUUUUCCUCCCCGGUGGUUGGUUGCUGAACACACCUUCCGUCCUCCAUAUUAUCAUCGCAAUUGUAUGAGCGAAUUUAUGGGUCUAAUCUAUGGGGGUUACGAGGCAAAAGCUGAUGGUUUUCACCCUGGUGGGGCUAGCCUUCAUAGCUGCAUGACUCCUCAUGGUCCCGAUACCAAAACGUAUGAGGCUACUAUUGCACUUGGAAAUGAAGCUGGUCCACAUAAAAUAGCUGAUACAAUGGCUUUUAUGUUCGAGUCUUGUCUAAUACCCCGAGUCUGUCCGUGGGCACUUGAAUCUCCAUUUAUGGAUCAUGAUUAUUAUCAAUGCUGGAUCGGCUUGAAGUCUCACUUCUCAGGACUAUCCAUGAAAGAAGACAACAUCAAUUUUCAGAAUGGAAAACCAGUGGAAAGGAAAUGGAAGAUGCUAAUUGUUCAGCUAGCUUCUGUAGUUCUAUAAGGGAUGUGCUACUAAAGUGAUUUAGCUUGUACAUAUUAUGCCACGGGCAUGUAAAAUGUAAAAUAAAUCCUACGUAGUAUUGGAUCUAAAGAAUAGGGUGACAAUCCAAGUGCAGAUACAGUGCUAAGAUGAAAGCGAUGUUCUAUGAAAUUAUGACCUCUUGCCCAGUAAGUAGAACAUCUUGAUGUUGUUGUGGCUUUUGCUGUUGUAUAUGUAAAGAGGGAACUAUCAUGGAAUACGUCUAGCAAUUGCAAGAACAAUGAAUUACUAUGUGACAA